CGCGGAGCCCGCGCGGCGCGGAGGAGGCGGCGGCCGCCGAGCUAGAGGGGCGCCGCGGCGAACGGCGCGCGCGGCCCCCAGAGCCAUGGGCAAGUGCAGCGGGCGCUGCACGCUGGUCGCCUUCUGCUGCCUGCAGCUGAUCACUCGUUUGCGUGGGUCUCAGCCUCUGGUCUCCGCCCCAGUGUUUCUCACAAAGUCUCUGCUCCUGUGUGUGUCUCUCUCCUGGUUUCUCCUUGGUGGCUGCGUUGGAGCGGCAGAUCUUUGACUUCCUGGGCUACCAGUGGGCUCCUAUCCUAGCCAACUUCCUGCACAUCAUGGCAGUUAUCCUGGGCAUCUUUGGUACCGUGCAGUACCGCUCCCGGUACCUCAUUCUGUAUGCAGCCUGGCUGGUGCUUUGGGUUGGCUGGAAUGCGUUUAUCAUCUGCUUCUACUUGGAGGUCGGACAGCUGUCCCAGGACCGGGACUUCAUCAUGACCUUCAACACAUCCCUGCACCGCUCCUGGUGGAUGGAGAAUGGGCCAGGCUGCCUGGUGACACCUGUCCUGAACUCCCGCCUGGCCCUGGAGGACCACCAUGUCAUCUCGGUCACCGGCUGCCUGCUUGACUAUCCCUACAUUGAAGCACUCAGCAGUGCCCUGCAGAUCUUCCUGGCUUUGAUUUCAUCGGCGGUUUUGACUCCUAUGGAUACCAGGCGCCGCAGAAGACGUCGCAUUUACAACUGCAGCCUCUGUACACGGCGGGGUAGUAGCUUCUGCCCCACGACCACCCCCGCGGCUAGACUGACCGCCGCAGCCGCGAGCUCUGGCCAAGAUGGCAGGCGUGCCCCCUGGCGGCUCGCUGACCGGACUGCAGCCUGGGUCGGCUUGACAUGGGUCCGAAGCAGACAUGGACUUGGCGCUUAGCCGCCUGGAC